AGUUGUGAUCUGUGAAUGGCAUUUAGAAUGAUUUCAUUUAAAUACAAGAAAUUCAUCUCAUAUGAAAGGAAAAUCAGUUGAAAUGUUGUAUUAGUCAGAUCGAAAAAAAUUUAUCUCUAGUAAAUCUAUCAGUGUGAAUGGAAACAAUGAAAAUUUAAGAAAAGUAAAGUGAUAGUGAAAUGUUCAACUUUAUAGCUUCGAAGGUUUGAAUGAAUAUAACCUAUCAACCUUUUCUGGUUGAUAUUUAAAAAUUGUGAACCGAAAAUGGGAACGAUAUCGAAAUAUUCCCUCACAGCUUUCGAAAUUUUAAAUGAAGCUUACACUGCGGUUGGGGCAGGGCUCUUUGGAAUGGCAAAGUUACUGGUUGAUGGUUUCGACACAAGUAAUUUUUUUAGAACAGCGGCUAUGAUUGGUUUAACAGGAUCUUGUUUGAUGUAUGCUCUUCACAACACAGAAAAAUUGACACCGUCAUCCAAAAAUGUAAUUUUCAUAACAGGAUGUGACUCUGGUUUGGGAUUUUCAUUUGCCCAACAUAUGGCAGAUAUAGGUUUCACUGUCAUCGCUGGAUUUUUGAAUCUGAAGUCGCAAGGUGCUCAAGUAAUAAAAGAGAAAUAUUCUGAAGAUCAAAUAGUUCCACUUCUCUUAGAUUUAACGGAUCAUAAUAACAUCACUGAGGUAGUGAAAUAUGUAGAGAUAUUUUUAGAUGCUAAUAGAUACAAUUUAUAUGCUGUUGUGAAUAAUGCUGCAAUAAUGAUUUUUGGAGAGUUUGAAUGGUUAACUCAGAAACAUAUAUCUCAACAAAUGAACGUUAAUUUGCUAGGCCCAAUGAUGAUGACAAAGGAGUUUCUUCCCUUAUUAAGAAAAUAUAGAGGUAGAAUUAUAAACAUAAGUAGUCAUUGUAGUAAUCAGAGUCUCCCGGGACUUUCUGUAUAUGGUGCAACUAAAUAUGGAUUGAAGGGCUGGAGUGAAGCUCUCAGAUUAGAAACCGCAAAGUAUGGAAUUAAAGUAGUGAAUUUAAUUCCUGGAUCUUUCACGACUCAGAGCAAUAUUAUGGCAAACCAACCAAAAUAUGCAGAUGAAAUGUAUGUCAACAUGUCCAAAGAACAAAAAUCCUUUUACAACAGAUAUUUCAGAGAAUAUCACACAUACUUAACAGUCAUCAAGCCCCCUUCAGAAGUUAGGAAAGUUCAAGAUCCUAAACUCUACGAGUUAUUUGAAGAAGCUCUUUUAAAUGUUUCACCAAGAAUUGUUUACAAAAAUGAGCCAUGGAGAUAUUUAAUUUAUCACUCAUUAUUUUACUGGAGUCCUACAACAAUUAAGGACUUUUUUAUUGAAAAAUUUAUGCAUAUACCAAAGUAUACAAAAUCUGAAAUUGAUAUAAUAGCUUAAAGUGAACUCAAAGAACAAAAUUUUUUUAUACAAUAAUUCUUUCUAUAAAGAUUUACUUUCGGAACCUCCAUGAUGUUAUUGAAAUUUUCUGGGGAAAAAUUAACAAUUUUCAUGUUUGAUUUUUUAAUAAUAAUACUUCGGCCAAUAAACUGUUGUUUUCAUC